CAUAAUUUUUAUUAAUUCCAAAAACCCUAAAUCCUUUAACAAAAUUGCUACCAUUAUCAGUUGUAAUAUUUAAAUUAAAUCGGCUAACGACAAAUUGAAUACAGAAUUAUUUUUAAAAACUGAGCUUUCAUGUUCUGAAAAUGAAGUAGCUGAUAUUAAUUCAGAUAGCGAUUCUGAUUCUGGUUCAAAUAAAGAUUUGAACCAGACUUUGUCAACAAAAUUCUAUUUUUAUUAAAUAAUGAACUCAGAUCAAGAACUUUUAAAUUUCUUAAAAAAUGAAAAUGUUGAUUUAAAGAGUUUAUUUGUAUUUCCUACAGAACUAUCCAAAUUCAUUCAGUUUAAUACAAGUUUACCCUUUAGUUAUUAUUAAUUUAUUAAGUACCUAUUUACUGUUAUUGAUUCAAUAUUUAAAGUUUCAGAUGAAUAUAUUAGAAAAUAAAAUCAUAUUUUCGAUUCCACCAGAAUUUAAGUCUUAAAUAAGAAUGAUUUUUUUCAACUGGUCGGCUGUGUGCAUAGUGCCCAAGUAUUUGCUUAAUUUCAUCACUAGGAAAUUCUUAUCAAAAUGUAACUCAAAGAUCACGUCAGAUAUUAAAAACAUAAUACAGAUACUUUAUAAAUUGUAAAUACUAUAAAUUCUAAAUUGUAUUUUUAUUUUUGGAUUGAGUCGUAUAUGUUUAUGGAUUUUAAUAUUUACUGCAGGUUGAUUCGUAAAAAGAAAUUAAAAAAAUUAAAUUAACGACCCAAUGAACGCGUUUAUUUUUUGAGUACUGAGCGUGAACGUGAACAAAUCAAUUUUUUUAGUUAACGUUCCGAACACUGCUUUUUUCAUUAAGUGAACAUGUCUAAUGUUUGUGUUAUUUAUUCCAUAUUAAUACACAGUGACUUUAAAAAAAAAAAAAAAAAUGUCGUGCUUGUCUGGAGCAUUCAAUUUCGAUGAUAAAAGUGUUCGUAACAUCAUGCCAUAUACCGUCAAGCUUGUCGUUCCGAAAUAUAGAAAAUGAACAUUGAAUGGUGAGCGUCCCUUCUAUAGUGUUGUAUUGUGGUAGGCAGCCUAAUCAAAGUCAUUGGCGGGAAUACCAUUUUUUUCGUCUUUUAUUAAGUUGUUGAGAUUGUAUGUAUUUGUUCUAUUAUCUGUUGUUUGUCGUUCGAUGAUUCACUGUUUUCUUUCAUUUACUUCGAUUCCGCCUUACGGUUAACGUCUUCAACUCCGUAAACUCAUUUCAGAAAUUUUCAUUGACAAUUCUUCGAUAUGAAUCCCAGCCCAAACAAAGUCACUGAAAAUAAAACAGAUUUUAAUUCUAAUCACAAAGAACAAGAAAAGAAAAACCAGGGCUAUGUUGUGGAAAAGAUUUUAGGCAAGCGUAUAAAAUAUGACAAGGUGGAAUACUUUCUCAAAUGGAAAGAUCACAGUGAUACGGAAAAUUCUUGGGAACCUAUUGAAAAUCUUGAUUGUGAAGAUUUGAUUGAAAACUAUGAAAAAAGUUGUCUAUCAGAUGCUGGUCCACCUAGAGGAUUAUCUGUUCUAGAUGAUUUAAUGGAGUGCUGCGAUAGUUUUGAUGAGUCUGAUUAUAAUAAAACUAAUUAACUGUAUUAAUAGGAAUAAGAUUGAUAAGUUGAACUUUUAUUUUAUAUCAAAUUUUAUAGUAAAUAUCUUAAAUUUUUUUAUUAUUUUAUUAUAUGUAACAAGUAUACCUUGCAGAUAAAAAUAAAAUACUCAAAU